AAGCACAUGGGUUGUCAAUGAUGCUAUGAUCAGAGAAAUUAUGAUUUCUGCUCUUAAAAAUGAGUCUCAGGGAGAUUGUAACGCUUCAAGUGGGACAUUAUUCAAACUUUGUUGGAACACAUUGGUGGAAUUUGCAGGAGGCAUCUUUUGUAUAUGAUACAAAAUCCUCACCAGCAGAUAAAGAAAUAAACCAUGAUGUGUUGUUCAGAGAGGGGAGGAAUCUUAUGGGUGAUGUCACAUUCACACCACGCCUGAUAUCUGUUGACCUGAAGGACAGCCUUAACACACUCCGUCAAGAGGGGACGCUGUAUGAUGUUAAGCUUGAGGAGGAUGUUAACUGGGAAGGGGAUGUAACUCUGCACAAUUCCAUCUUCACUCCCAAAAAUAAAUUCUUACAAGACCUUGAAAAAGAAGAUGAAGCCCUGUUGUCAGAUGGCAAUAAUUUGGAGAAAACACGUGAUGUAGAAGAGGCUGGUGACACCCCAGACAAGAAUGUAGCCAAGAAUGAAAAAGUGGAACAGAUCUUUGGCCCAAAGUAUUAUAACCUUGAUUCAGAGGUCAAAGUCUGGUCUGACUUUCUGAGGAUUCAUCUUCAUCCCAGAUCUCUUAAUAUUGUACAGGAAUAUACCCAUAAUAAUCCCGUGGAGCCGUUCGACAUCUAUGGGUGUGGUGAGAGGCUUUUCUCCAGCUAUUCUCAGAGAACAUCCAUGGAGGAUCAGAUCCACUUCUUCACUGAAGAGUCAGACAAUCUUCAGGGUUUUCACAUUCUGAGUGAUGUUUACAAUGGCUUUGGGGGAAUAACGUCAUGGAUUUCUCAGUAUUUGGAGGAGGAAUUCCCGAACAAAGGGACAUUGACCUUUGGGAUGCACCCAGCAGUGCCUUCCACCAAUCAUCCCAGUGAGAGCAUCCAUCAUGUGAUCACCUCCUUGCUGUCAUAUGACAAGCUGACCUCCAUGACCUCCUUGGUUGUCCCCUUAUCUCUGACCUCCAGGCUGUGGAAACCUCCUGGGGCUCCUUUGGAAUUUCAUCAUCUAAACUAUAAGCCUGAGUUGUUUUACCAUACAAGUGCUGUUUUGGCAUCUGCGCUGGACACAGCCAGCCUGCCUUACCGUCUGGAAUCCAACCCAUGCCGACUCUCUGACAUCACACACUCCUUCCACCACAUGGGACGUAGAGUAGCUGGAUUGAGCGCAUCUCUGCCCUUCCCAAUGCCAUCCUCCAGCACCUUGGUGGACACACUCGUCUCUCGUCAGGGGGGACUACUCUGGACUGGCCUCACUCCUGGGUUGACAGGGAAUGCUCUCCCUUAUAUGCAGUCAGUGGUCCUCAGAGGAAUACCUGAUGCCCGUGUAAAGAGUGGCAAACCUCUUCAAGAACUGCCAAGAAUUUUGUCCCAGUGUGAGAAGAAAGAGGAAAUUCUCAAGCUGUACAUUACUGAAAUGUUCCCCACCACACUGAAUACUGAAAUGUUCCCCACCACACUGAAUGCCGGUUGUAUUGUGAGAGAGCCGUGUAAGGUAGGCACUCCCUUCCCUCACAUCUUCAGCCCCAGGGUCUCCUCAUCAGGUUGGCUCUCAGACACACUCAGGUCAGACCAGACAGGAGUAGACAGUGUUCCCAUCAUGACUUCCCUACAGAAUUCUCCAGAAGCGGGCACAUUCCUUCAAGAACUGCACGGUGAAGCUAAGAAAAUCAAUAUCAGAAAGCACCACCAAUUCCUGGAGAAUGGACUGGAGGAAGAUGACUUCAGGGAGAGUUUAGAACACAUACAGACAUUGUUUCAGUGUUACGAUUGAUCACCUGGCAAAAAGCCUUCCUGAGGUGAAGUACAUGUGCUAGUGUGUAGGCAGUACUUUGUAUUGAGAUUCUGGCUGUCUGUCCCCGAGACCUGGCAGCUGUUCAGGAAGAAGUCUUACCACACAUGUAUGGCUGUGUAUGACAGCUAUGUGAAGGCUCAGUGUUAUUCAGUCUAUUCUGAAGGUUCUGGAGGAAUCGAAUUACUAUCUGAAGGAUUGACUGGAUUCAACUUGCCAUCUGAUUUUGUGGCCAGAUUCAAAUUGCCAUGUGAAGGAUUGACUGGAUUCCAGUUAUCAUCUGAACGUGUGGCAGGAUUCAAAUUAUCAUGUGAAUUUGUGGUAGGAUUGAAGUUACCAUCUGAUUUUGUGGAAGGAUUCAAAUUAACAUCUGA